AUGGGAUUCAGACAUAAAAUACUUUCGGACCCUUCAGGUGUUGCGGUUGAUGAAAAGAAAUAUAGAGGAAUGAUUGGAUCGCUACUCUAUCUUACAACAAGUCGUUUGGACAUCAUGUUUUCAACAUUAUUGUGUGCCAUAUUUCAAGUUAACCCAAAAAUGUCUCAUCUCUUAGCUAUUAAGCAAAUAUUUCGAUACCUCAACGGUACAAAGAGUCUCGGAAUCUGGUACCCAGCAAAUGGAAGUUUUAUUCUUCAAGCAUAUUGUGAUUCGAACUAUGGUGGUCUUCAAUUGGAUCGAAAAAUCACAUCUGGUGGUUGUCAAUUUUUAGGUGGUCAUUUGGUUAGCUGGUUAUUGAAGAUAGAAAACUACAUUGCACUCUCAACAGCUGAAGCGGAAUACAUGCUGCUGCCUGCUGUACAUCUCAAGUUCUUUGGAUGA